UGUCGCAUUGCAUUACUUGCAGGGUUAUUUGACACUGGUAGUGUCAAAUAUCAAAAGUCAAAAUAAAUAUUGCAACUGAUUCAAACUAUUUGAAAUGUCAUUCUUUACUCGCAGCGCUUCACUUUGCAUUGGAAACUACUAGUUUUUUAGAUGUAGGGGCGGAGCUAGGAAGUGUAGUUAAAGGGGGCCCAACUUGUUUGCACUGUUGA